CACACACAUUUAUAAACAAGUACACAACCGCACCCACAACCCAAUGAACUGAUUGAAUCACCGCGUGUUGUCUCCCCACCCAAAAAACAACGGAGCACUCCCCAAAUAUUUCCUUAACAACCAGUGGUACGAAGAUGCACCAGAGCGUUUCGAAUAUUUCACGGGUGCACCAUCAAUCUGACGUUUGAGUAUUUCAAUCGGCGAAAUGUUAACCUGUCAUUCGAAUCGACUCUGAUACAUCAGGAUAACUUGAGUGUUGACUCAGGCCCAUUGUUCACCUGUCAAGAAUGCAGGGUGAUUUCACCGAAUCCAACGACUCCUGAUUCAACUCAUUCGCAAUCGUUUAUUCCAGCGUUUUCGUUAAGAUGAUCACACUCUGGGUGAUUUUUAUAACAUGUGGAGGACUAUCAGUUGCUCAGGAUUAUUUGGGGUGUUAUAAGGAACCUCCAGGUGACUCCGACGCUUUUCCUGCAUUAAAUCGGGCUAGUGCACCAACAGAAUGUGUUGCUGAAUGCAAACGACAUUAUUAUAUGUACGCCGGAUUGAUGGCUGGCCAGCAGUGUUACUGCCUGAGCAGAUACGGUCGUUCAGGCCCUUCGAAUGGCUGCACAAUUCCCUGCGCCACUGAGUCAACUUUAUUCUGUGGGUCCCACGACUCCAUCAGCAUCUACUCCACCAGCCAGAAAUCUUCCUCGCCUCCUCGCCACCUCCAGGUGACUAAAACGACCUCUUCCUCCCUGCACAUCACCUGGGCACCACCAAACAUUCCAAACGGCAACGUCACCUCCUACAUAAUUCGUGUGCACCCUAUCGAGACGCACUCCCUUCGUCCACUGCUCCCAACCCAAUCUCAGGUGCAGGGAGGCACCUCAGACAGUACAAUCCUGGUGGGUCUGCACCCUGGCUCUCGCUACAACAUCUCCAUGACUGCCCUUAACCUCGAAGGGGAAUCCGAUCCCAUCUCUAUUCAGGAGUGGACAUCCCUGGGUCCCCCCAAUCCUCCAGAGACUCCAAAAAUCCUGGAGAGAACCACCUCGACGAUAACUGUAGAGCUGGCCAAGGGCUUCAGUGAAAACGGCCCCUUGACAGCCUAUCAGGUCCUUGUGGUCUACCCUGGAACAAUCCCCCCAACAUUGCCCAACGAGUCCUACCCAAACUACUCAGAAGCCAUCAGGGAUAAUAUUCCCUACUACGCGACAGCUGAAUUCGAAGCAUCGGAUUUCCAAAAUUAUCAGAAAUUCGUUGUGGGCGAUGGCAGGAAGUUAAACUCGUUUUACAACGCCCCCUUGGAGAAGCCCUUCGAUGCUCCCCAGAUUGGCCUCGUCACAAUCUCCAGGACGAGAGUCUCCUCAUUGCACAGCUGCUCAGAUCUCACCGAGAACUUCAUGAUCUCCUCUCGAUCCACAGGCAGUUCAACAAUCGUUGCUCUGUGGGUGGCCAUUGUGUUGUUGAGUCUUCUUCUAGCAGCCUCGAUUUUCACUUAUUUCGUCCUCAGGAGAAGAUACGCUGGGAGGAUGGGAAAACUCCCAGAGCAGCAGGAGCUCACUCUUCAGGGGCCCAUGUACGAGGUCGAUAAUAUGGCGUACAUCCCUGAAGACAUGCCAGAGAGACCCAAUCAUUAUCAGGACUUGAAGAAGAAAGUCUGGAGCAUUCCCAGAAAUUUUCUCAAUGUCGAUCAUCAGGUCCUCAGGAGAGGACGCUUUGGAACGAUCCACAGGGGAACUGUUCAAGAUAAAAAUGGAGUUCUCUCUGAUGCUAUUGUUCAUUCCAUCUCCGAUGGAAAUCUCAGGCCCUCUGAGAAAAAGCACAUGCUCAGGGAUCUUGAUGUCUGCAUCAAAACUGGAAGCAUGAAAUAUCUUGCUGGAUUUGUGGGGAAUUGUGAGACCCCGGAGACACUUUAUGUCGUCCUCGAGGCGACUCCGGAGACCCUCAAGAGCAGAUUAUUGGCUGCCAGGGCUGGUCAGGUCUUUCCCUACGAGCAGAUCCUGAAUGUAGGCUCAGGAAUCGCUCAGGGGUUGGCUUACCUCGAGGCCCACAAGGUCAUCCACUCUCAUCUAUGUGCCAGGAGCAUUGGCAUCACCACAGACUAUAUUCCCAAGAUCGGGGGCUAUGGUAUUGGGAAGCACUCAAUCGAAGACGUGAAGAUGGCCAGGUGGACAGCACCUGAAAGAUUUGGGCACAAAAAACACGUGGGGGGCGUCGUCUGGGCCUUUGCUGUUGUUGUCUGGGAGAUGAUGAGUAUGGGGGGCACUCCCUACAGUGACCUUCAGGAUGAGUGCGACGUCGAGGAGGCUGUAGUCGAGCAGGACGUCAGGCUCAAGCAGCUCAAGGAUAUGCCUGAUCCUUUGUAUGAGGUGUUAAUGUCUUGUUGGAUGAUCGAUCCUGAGGAAAGACCGACUUUCGACGAGCUUGCGAGACUGAACACAUUGAGCAUCUGUCCCAUCACAGCCAUCACAGAACCAUACGUAGCGGAACUGGAAUUGAAUUAAAACUCGUUUCACCAGGAGUGGAA